UUCCAUCAAACCUCCACCGCGCUGUGGCGCAGUGACGUCAUGUGUUAACUCGACGAUGAACACCAAGGACAAACCUUCUUCUUCUUCUUCUUCUUCUUCUUCUUCUUCUUCUUCUUCUUCACUUCCAGCAGCUGACGUCGACGGCGUCUAAUCCACCAUCAACUGGCACGGACCGCACAUGAUAUAGAUGAAGAUGAAGAUGAAGAGGAUGAAGAUGAGGCUGUGCAGAUGAGUGGUAUUAAUAGGAGGGCUUCAGCGUCACAGGCUUUCUUUCCACGCGGGUCUCUGGUGGUCCAGGUCUGGGGGGCUUCACAAUCCGGACUGCGCAGUCGGAAUAAUAAUUGGAAGGAGCCGAACUCCCCGUGACGUCAGCAACAGGCUCGCAGCAUGGAAGUGUUGGCAGCUCUGAAUUUGGGCGAUUUUGCCCAAAUUUUCUCCAAGAUGGGAAUGUUCCCGGUGUUUGACCUCGCGUACUACAUCGUGUCCAUCCUCUACCUCAAGUACGAGCCAGGUCAGUGCGCACACGUGCUUUUGUUUGUUUGUUGUUGUUGUUCACAUUGCAGCUUUCCUCUCGGUCUAUUUCCAUCUGCAGGCUCCGGCGUGGCUCUCAUUUCCAACUUCGAGCAGCUGCUGCGUGGCGUGUGGAGGCCGGAGAGCAACGAGGUCCUCAACAUGUCCUUCCCCACCAAGGCCAGCCUGUACGGCGCCGUGCUCUUCACCCUGCAGGAGGCUCAGUGGCUGCCGGUGUCCAAGAGCACCCUCAUCCUCGUCUUCACCCUCUUCAUGGCCACCAGCAAGGUGGUGAUGACGGCCCGACACUCUCACGGCUCCCCCUUCACCCUCGUCGAGUCCUGGGUUUCCCACCUGCUGUUCGGUUCCCCUCUGGGUGGGUCUGAGGAAGACCACCACCACGCUCCGGCCGCCGCUCCACCUUCACCUCUGAAAACCAAGGAGGAGCUGAGCGAAGGCGUCCGCAAGAGGAAGGCCAAGAAGGCCGAGUAGUGACCACUGAUGAUGAAGAGGUGGGACCCCCCUUCAGUGUGAGGUUCCUCCCACUGAGACCGACCCGGACCAGGACUACAGAUCACAUGGUCCACCCCGAGCCGGAACAUCUGAUCCGGUUCAGGACCUCAACACGCCAGCAGCUGGUUCCAGAUGUUUGACUUUCUUUAAGUCCACCAAACAGGUUCCGCAAGAAAUAUAAAAUACUAAAUAAUCUGACUGUCGAUCCGACGUCAACAUGCAAGUGGAGCGUCAGAACGCUGCUCGCCACUUCCUGUCUUCAAAUAAAAUCCAGAGAAACGUG